AUGCAGCACGCUGCAGCACUGAGCGCCGGCUCGGCACACCACGAGACACUAUACUGCAAUGAGGAGGAGGAUGGACACUCUGAUGACCCAUGGUCCUCUUGCUCCGAGUCUGUGGCCAAGGAUGGAGUUUUCAGUGGAGCCCUUCGUGCAAUCACAUUCAAUGUUUGGCUGAUCGGGGCUGCGUUCCCAGCUGCUUACCAGGCCGUAGCCAUGAAGUACCGAGGCCAGGCCAGGUCUUUAGUGUCACAGCAGAUGAAGUGCACUGCUGUGCGGGGAGAGGCAGUCAUUGCUCCCAUGGUCCAACGCGAAAGUAAACAUGAAUCAAAGCUACGAAUACUGACAAAAGCAUAUGCCAUUGCUCAUCCUGUCUUACCCAUCUUUUUUCUGAACUGGCAGCUUGCCAUUUUCCUGAUAAUGUCUUCUGCGGGCGAUCUUGAAGCCGUGGAUGUGCAAGCCGAGACAGCAGAUGCUGGCGAGGCACAUGGAACGGGUGACAGCUCGGCGCUCGGGCUCCUUUCCGCCGGCUUGGCUGCUCGGGAAACUUCGGGUGCUAAAGCGACAGUCGGCUCCCAGCACUCGGACCACAUCUUCAGGAGAUGGAAGUCAAAGAUGCGAAUGAGUGCAGAGGCCUUGGACUGCCUUGACAAGGAUGUUGGCUGCGACCUUGUGCGCAGCCAGUCCUCAGAGAGGUUGUUGGACGUCUGCCUGACCUUCAAAGACGUUGCAUUUGAUGUGAACGCCCGCGGGCAGACAAAGAACAUCUUGGCGCCUGUUUCUGGCCAUUACGAGUCGGGGAAUUUGGUGGCCAUCAUGGGCCCCUCCGGCUGUGGCAAGUCCACUCUUCUGGACAUCCUGGCCGGCAAAAAAUCCUCGAAGUAUUCUGGCACCAUUCAUCUGAACGGACGGCCGCGGGACUACCUUUUUCCACGGGUAACGGCCUAUGUGCCCCAAGAGGAAGCCAUGCCAAAGUACUUGACUGUCAUGGAGGCCAUGGAGUUCAACGGAAGUCUGAAGUUUGAGAGGCCAAGUCGAAUGACCCGCAAAAUGCGGCGGGAGUGGCUGGAGCGGCGCCUCUGUGUGCUGGGCCUGGAUCGAGUGAAGGACCAGUACAUAGGUGACGGAACAUCUCUGCGUGGCAUCUCGGGUGGUCAGAAGAGGCGGCUCUCCCUGGCCAAGCGACUUGCCAGCGGAGCGCGGGUAUUCUUCUGCGACGAGCCUACUUCUGGACUCUCAGCAACAGACGCUGAAGCCUGCGUGAGGUACAUGAAGCACAUAUGCAGGUACUAUAACAUCCUCGUGCUCGUAGUGAUCCACCAGCCCAGGAUCGAAGUGGCAAAUCUGUUUGACGAACUUCUCCUGAUGACCUCAAAUCCGGGGCGGGCUGUGUACAACGGCAGGAUGGAGGAUGUCAUUGGCUACCUGAGCAGCGUUGGCUUCGAAGUGCCGAUGCACGCUAACCCUCUGGACUUUUUCAUGGACUUGGUCACACCUGAAAGACCAGAAGCCCAAGCAGACACCUUCGUGCAGCACUACAGUGCAAAGUUGGAGCAGCAGGUGGCGGCCCGGGUCGAGACUGGGCUCAAGGCUGAUCUUGCCGAUGUCUAUGGGCUGUUAUCGGAAUUACACAGCUCCCUACAGAAGUGGGGCAAGCUGACGCCAUUGCGCAAAAGCGUUUACGCUAGACGCUUUCGCCGCCAGCUUGCAACGGUGUUCAAGCGCCAGUUCAUCCUGCGCGCGCGCGAUGCUCGUGGCUUCUUGUCCGACCUGCUGGGUGGCGUGGCAAAGGCCAUUGUUGUUGGCGUUGUAUACAUGCGGACCGGCGAGCUGGGCGCUGCAGAGCAGACAGCCUUCUUCUUCAUGCUGUGCAUGACUUGCGCAAUUGAUGGCUUGAAGAACAUGCCUGCCGUCAUAAGCGAGCGCACGAUUGUGAAAAUGGAAGCAGCGGAGGUGCUGUACAGCGAGUGGGCAUACAUCAUCUCCUUCGGUAUUCUGAACACCUUGCAGAUGCUGCUGGUCCAUAGCAUUUUCAUCACUAUCCUCUUUUCAAUGAGCGGUUUGAGAUGGCAAAUGUAUAGCGAUGUCUACCUUUGGUCAACGCUCCUGGCUGCCACCAUGAACGCGCUGUAUCUAAUGGUGGCAGCGAUUGCGAAGGAUGCGACCACAGCAAUCGUGCUCUCUUCCCCGUUUAUGAUGCUAUUCCUUCUGUUCAAUGGCUUCACAGCCACUCGAAAUUCUGUUGUCCCGUGGAUGAGAUGGGCCAUCGAUAUUUCUCCAGUGGCUUACAGCAUCCAACAAAUGGUGUAUGCUGCAAAGCAUGCAUAUGCUGACGAUGAGAGCGUGGUGAAAGGCUAUGAGGGUGUGAUCCAGAUGUCAGAGUACGAGGAUCAGCCACAGACAGCAAUUGCUGUAGUCGCGAUCUGCUUUGCCAUCUUCAAAUCCGUGCAACUGACAUCUUUCCGGCUCUUGAACAACAUUAAGAGAUGA